AUGUGGAAAGAUGAGAAACGCGCGGCUCAGCAUCGCACAUACAACUCCCUUCUGCGUCCGCCAGUGGGUUCCGUAGGUUGCAGUCGGUUUCCACAAACGAUUUCACUAUCCUCUCCUGAUGAGCAUAAGUUUGUUGAUCGUACACAGCCCCCUAACAUAACUAUUAUAUGCAUAACCCUUUGA